AAACCAAUGGGCCACAGGAGGGCAGUGUUGCCGGAAAGCUCAACUUCUCCGCCAAGACGUACUUCCUGUCAACGAACGAAAGCCGGAAACAGACUCGAAACAAGAGGGAUUGUUUUGAUUCUUCGCCCAAUUUCAAACAGAAUGGCAGAUGAAGAGGAUGAGACCGGCUUCGAGGAGGAGUUGGAUGAGACCUGCGGUGGAGUGGACUUGUGCCACGGCCGCAGAAAGCGGCUCUUCUCCAAGGAGCUCCGGUGCAUGAUGUACGGCUUCGGCGACGACCAGAACCCGUACACCGAGUCGGUGGAUAUCCUGGAAGACCUGGUGAUCGAGUUCAUCACGGAAAUGACCCACAAAGCCAUGUCCAUCGGACGCCAGGGUCGCGUUCAGGUGGAGGACAUCGUUUUCCUCAUUCGAAAGGAUCCCAGGAAGUUCGCCAGAGUAAAAGAUCUGCUGACCAUGAAUGAGGAGCUCAAGAGGGCCCGCAAAGCUUUUGACGAGGCAAACUAUGGCUCAUAAACACCAUCCGAAACAAUUGCACACACACUCAGUUAUUUGAUCUAUUUUGUGCCUAUCAUAGCUGACUUUGGUACACCUGGAUUGGUCGCCAGUCAGUCACAAGAAGCAGACAAACAUGCGUUCACACCGACGGACAAAUUGAUCUCCCGUGAACCUAACAUGCGUGUUUUUGGACAGUAUAUUCAUUAUUUGCGGAUAAAGCCACACAAUACCUUGUUUUGAAAAUGUAUUCAUUUUCAAGUAAAUGUUUUUCACCCUGUAACCCUUUAAAUAAAGAAUUGUUUUAUGUUUGACCCGACAACUCAUACUGUGCCGAU